AUGCGCAGAAAAGUAUGGACCAGCGUGAUCUGGAUAAUAUCGUGUUUAGGAGCCUCAGAGAAUUUUCAAAAAGUCAUAGCUAUUGAUGAUGUGAAUGACCUUUCAAGAACCUCUGAGGCCAAGAGAAUCUCCGAUUCCAGUGGUGAUUCGACUACCAUUCGCGAAGAAUUAGGAUCCAGGAAACGCACUAGAGUAAUUCUACUCGGCAGUGGUUCGGGCUCAUCACCACGUGAAGGCUCCCACCAGAAGAAUGCAAUUCAAACGAUUGAUCAAUCUUUAACUGUAUGUUUGAAUCGUCUCACACGGCCCCUCAUCACGAAUCAAGCCAAGAAGGCCAAGAUGAUAAGUGCAGAUACAACGCCUCACGAAUGUUACUUGGAAACUUUGGAGAAUUUCGAAAGCUGGGAAUCAUAUUUUUUGAAACUACGGCUGGAACCCGCUCAGAGACCGAUGUUUAGAAAUCAAAUGAAAGCGGUCAAAAAGUCCCUGCUAAAUUUGUUUGAGCCAAAGGUUGAUGAAUUCAGUCAGCGUAGACUAGAGAUGUCACUCAGCUCGAUCGCGGACAUCAGCAAAACAUGGGAAACUUUGAACCCGCAGAAUAAACCAGAAAGCUUAAUAAUCAAACGUGGAAGUGAUCUGAUGAUUGGUUGUUUUGUUGACUUGAAAAGACUAGGAAUCCUCACCCAAGAAAGCCUAUCUAAUUUUCUGAACCGCGAUAAUCGGGGGAAAUUGAUCGCGUCUUACAUCAAGAGCAGAUACCCCACCUUAACUUUGACCACUGCCUAUCUGAACUUUAACCUUAAGCUAAGCCUCAUCCAUUCCUCUUACACGAAACAGAUGGCCAAGCUGUUAGAGGGCUUGGACCGAGAGACUUGGGAACGGAUUGAGUUCGAUUGUCUUCAGGCUCGGAUGACUUCGUAUCAGUUGACCGAUUCCUCAUCAUAUCACUCCUUUGCUUCCCUUCAGGAGAGUUUCCUGAAGGUGGCGUCUCCAGAAAACGUCGAGCUGCAUGAAACCGAACUUGAAGCAUUCUUGGAAAGCUUGAUAAACCACGUUACAUCACAAUCUAGAAUUAAAAGCCUGAGACCUCAGGAAUCGCAAAAGCUAAUCCAUUUGAAACAUUUAUACGAUAUGCUGAGCUUUAUCACGCGCUAUCGCAGAUCGUUCAUUUCAGACAAAUUCUUGGAACGAAACAAGCAGCCGAUCCGUGUAUUUGAGGAAGCGGUUGGACUGAUGUCAAAUAUCAUGCACUUGAUCAUUAUCAGAAAGAACGCUUAUUAUGAAGAGCUGAAGGCAGGAGGCACAUUGCCUAGCGAAAUCCAAAAAGUCUCGCAAGAGUCAGCCGGAUUGAUGGGCCCAACUCACCGAAACAUUUUACCGAGCUUUGUCAAUAUAAUCGCCAUCCAUACCGAGAUUCCUCAAUUUCAAUCCAGUAGAAAUCAAAAGUUCAAUUCAAAACUGCAAAGAUCAAUACAGACGAUUUUACAUUCAACAUAA